AUGCACAGCCCAGCAGCCCCCGUGGAUCAGCAGCGCUCGCAGGGGCCGCAGCUCCGGCCUGUCCGAUUCUCCAGCACUGGCCCCCUGGGCGAGCCUUCAGGCCGCCGCCUCCCCGCCCCCGCUGCUCUAGCACACACGAUGUACGUGACGGAGCAGGACCCGAACGCCGCGUCGCUCCUCGAGGUCUUCGACUUCUGGCUGCGGUCACCUGAAGCCAAAAAGCGGCCAGCUUUCCGCAAUGGUCCUCCUGCAAAAAAGGCAAAGAGAGAAUCUUCAUCCAGUUCUGAGACCUCCAGUGAAGACGAGAAGCCUCCAGCCAAAAAACAAGCUGGUAAACUGGUCACUGAGCCCAAAGUGCCAAGAAAGGCGGAGAGCAGCUCCGAAGACUCGAGCAGCUCCGGGGACUCCAAGGAGGAAAGGCGGAGGGCAGCAAAGAAGGGAACAGUUCCCCAGGUGAAGAAGGCGGCCGUAGUGAACACAAAGCCCCAGAAGACACCCAGGAGUUCCAGUUCGGAGUCAAGUAGUUCUGACUCUGAAGACGAAGCUCCAAAGAAGCAGCCACCCAAGUCAGGGGCAGCUGUGAAGGCCGCCAGGCCAGCUGCUAAAUCAGAAGUGGCAGCGAACAUUGCCAGAGUGACGUCCAAAGCUACCAAUGGCAAAGCUGAGAGCAGCAGCAGCAGCGACAGCAGCAGCAGCAGCGGCGAGGACUGUGGUGCAGGGAAGGCCGCCCCAGUGAAGAAUAAGCUAAAAAAAGCACCGCAGUCAAAAUUGGAAGGUGCUCGAUUGCCCCAGGCUAAAGGCAAGGCUGCGAAGAAGAGCAGCAGCAGCGACAGCAGCAGCGACAGCGACGAUUCUUCCGACAGUUCAGAUGCAGAGAAGCAGACUCCAAAGCCGAAGGCCGGCCGGUACAGCGCCGUGCCACCCCCUUCGUCCACGGAAUCGAGGAAAGGCAAAGCACAGCCUCCCACCACAAAGGCUUGCAAGAAGGCAGAGGGCAGUAGCAAAAAGGAGGUGGGGCCCAAGAAGAAAGCAGAAGCCAAAGAACCUGCCCGUAAACAGCCACCUGCCCCCAAAGCGGUUUCUCAAAAAGAAGAGACGAGUUCCGACAGUGACUCAGAUUCCAGCUCUGAGGAAGACGCGGAGCCAGCCAAGCCCUCGGCGAAACCUGCGGCGGCGAAGGGAGCCGCCAAGCCAGCUCAGGCGAAGCAGAGGGCCAGCUCCUCUGACAGCUCAGAUUCUGACAGUUCUGAGGAUGAAGCCCCUGUGAAGUCCGCAGCCGCCAAAACAGAGAAAAAGCUUCCUCGGGUGGCGGUGAAGAAACCCGCUGCCAACGCUGAGGAGAAAAGCGCGCCUAAAAAGUCCCCUGCUGUCGCGAAGGGGGCCAAACCGAGCGCCAAAGCCGUCCCCCCAGUCUCCAGAGCGAGCAGCUCAGACGCGAGCAGCUCAAGCAGCGAGGAGGAGCCCAGUGCGCCCGGGCGGAAGCCGGCCGGCCCCUCGGCACAAGGCGUCAGUGCGGUGGCCCGGAAGCCGCCGCCGCCCUCCUCCAGCAGCAGUUCCUCCGAUAGCUCCAGUGAGGAAGAGGACGGACAGCAAGGAGGGGGGGCGAAGGCGAAAGCGAAAAGAGGCUGCACCGCCUCUGGGAAGAAGCGGCCGAAGUCUUCGUCCACCCCCGUGAGCAAAACGCCGGCCUCGAGGAAGCCGGCUGUGGCAGAGGCCGGCAACUCCACGAGCAGCAGCUCUGAUGAGGGGGCCGUGAACGGAGACAUGGCAGGUGCAAUCAAGAAGAAACGGGAGGGUGAGCAAGAGAUGGAGACCCCCGAAGUGAAGAAGGUGAAGCCCAGAACACCGCACACGUUCCCCAAGACAAAACGGCAGCAGUCCAGCCCCUUCCGCAGAGUGAGAGCAGAGGAAGUAGAGGUGGACACGCGGCUAGCGAACAACUCCUUCGAGGCCAAGAAAGGAGCUGCUGGCGACUGGGCUGCAAAGGCGAACGACGUCUUGAAGUUCACCAAGGGCAAGUCCUUCCGCCACGAGAAGACCAAGAAGAAGAGGGGAAGCUACUGCGGCGGCACCAUCUCCACACAGAUAAACUCCAUCCGGUUUGACAGCGACUAGGGCCUCAGCCGCCUGCAGGGCCCUUGAGCCCGUGAAAGGACAACGCGGCGGAGGAUAUUCCCUGCGGGACGUUGCCUCACACGACCCUCGCUCCGCUCAUGCGCAGGGCGCUCGCCCCUCAGCUGCAGGGCGUAUGGGGAGAUGCGUGGCUGUGCCUGUCUGGAUCCCAGACGGCGCUGGCUGUGUGUCGUUUACUUUAGGUGCCCAGAGUUCAGUUCCUGCAAGCCGCUGAGUUGCCUGCUCCGUCGCAUUCACGUUCUGCGGGGAGCGGGCCUUACGUGCAGUUUGAAGGACGCCCCCUUGCUCGGUUUAAAAUUGCCUGCCGGGUGCCUUUCAAGCAGAGUGGCUUGCCAGCUUUCCCAGGUUUGGUCUGCCCCCUUCAGUCUUCUCUGGGACGCCCUGAAAGCCCCCGUCCUCCAGCAGCCGGGCCCCGUGGCCGGGCCCAGGAAGGUCUCUUCCUUGACUGGCCAUGGCUGCCGAGAAACAACCACUCGCAGCCUCAGAUUUAGUUACCGCGCCAGUUCUUUCCAGCAGCCAGGCAGGGAAAGGGCUGACAGGGAAGUCACUCUGCCCUGCUGCACUGGUCAUCGCGUGAUGGCCGCCCAGCCAGGGAAGGGGCCUCGUGCAGCGCUUCUGCCCACCGAGCACGGCAUGCACAGCGGCCUCUGCGUCCGGCGGGAGCUCUGUUCCCUGGCCCCUCCACUGCCAUGGAAAGCGGCAGUGCCGCUCCCUGGCCCCGUGGGUGGGCUGCGCAACGGGCUCGCUGGGAUGUGUUGCGGGCGACCACACGGGCCGCGGCAGAGUGAGGGCAGGUGGGUCACAAGCGGGGGGGCGGGGGGGCCGGGACGUUUCUGCAAGGGGAGUGCGCUGCUGCCUUGCUCCCUGCCCGAAGAGUGACGCGGCAGUCCAGCUUGCCGUCGGGCCAUUUUGGCUCCCCCUGCCUUGAGUGUCGCUGUGACUCAAAAUCCACCCACAGCAGACGUUGCGUCAGCAUUUUAUUUCAGGGUUAAAAUGAGGUGACAAAAUACCCGGAUGCCCAGAUAGGUUGUUCCUUUCACAUCCCGGCUUGUUCGCUGCAGGAGAACAGGCACAAGGGCCUGUCAAGAUGUGACUUUUACACUGUGUGGGAAAGUGGUGAUUUUGUCCAAAGAGAAGCGUCUCUAGUACAAUAAAAAUGUUUCGUACA